CGGUGGUGCAGCAAGGAAAUUCCGGUGUUGUGCCGAAAAAAAAUAACACCCUCAGAAAUUAACUUGCUGGUAGACGCGCAUUUAUUGGGCUUAGUGGUGGCUCACAUUUCACGAUUACAGCAAUGCCGAGUUUAAAACUGAUAUCUGCGACCGACACCCAGUACUCAGCGGGUAUACUGAAGUCCCUGAAUAAUCAGCGAGCUCAUGGGUUGUUUUGUGAUGUCACCAUCAUCAUCCAGGACAAGAAAUUCAGAGCUCAUAAAACAAUCCUGUCUGCUUCUAGCACAUACUUUCACCAACUCUUCACCGUUGCCGGACAGGUGAUCGAGCUGAACUUUAUCAGGCCGGAAAUCUUUGAGCAGAUUCUCAACUACAUUUACAGCUCCAAGGUUGUCCGCAUUCGUUCAGACAUGCUUGAGGAGCUCAUAAAUGCUGGACAGAUUCUGGGAGUCAAGUUCAUUGCAAACUUGGGUUUGCCAUUGUCACAGGUCAAAGGCCUUCCUGGUGUGUCUAAAGAGACGGAACACAAAAGCGACACAACCCCAGAGAGCAUGCCGAUCAUCACGGAAUCCUUCUCCAUUUCUGCAGAAGAAUUUAACCAGACAAACAAACCUGCGGGAGUUGAGGAGGACUCAGACAAUGACGUCGUGUUUGUCUCAUGCACAGAUGCUCAAAUUAGAGCAGCCGGUGAAAGGUCUGCAGUCAUCGAUUUGGACAAAGACGAUUCAGAUAGCUCCGGAUCAAAGCAAAAUUUGGAGUCAAAUAAUAAUAAAGGCACUUGUGAACAUGUAGUAAAAGCCACGCCCCCUCAGAAAACACACGCUGCUAAGCCUCCCUUUACCCUGAACAGCCCCCUCCGCAGUCCUGACAGCAGCUCCAGCCUUCCUAUGUCCCCUGCCAGAGUUCCUCCAGAAAGCAUUUCCUCAGCUCCAACGAAAUCCAACGACCUCCCCUCUGAGAGCAACAACGUGAUGGGAGUCCAGAAGAAGCACAUUGCCACUUCGAUCCAGCAAGGGGAUUUUAAGAUAAAGCUUUUAGAUGUUUCUGAAAUUGCAGCCCUUCGAUCUAACACGGGCGUGCCACACACAGAAGCUAAAAAGACCGUGACCCUCAAUACUCCUACGGAAAUGGAUUCGAUUUCAUCAGACUGCAAAGUUUAUGCCAACAUUGGAGAAAAUACUUUUGAUAUUGUCUCGGCCAAAGAAGAUCCUGGAGAGGGAGGCUCUAAAGCCGGUAAAGGAAAGAGAGCCUUAAUGGCAACGCCCUUGAAAGCCUUUGAUAAAAAACCUUUGUCACAAAGUCAUGGCCCUAACAGGAAGAGGUCCAAAACAGAGAUCGAUGAUCACUACGAGGUUGUCAUGGACGGGAAGACUUUCUAUGUUUGCGCUGUGUGUAAGCGCCCCUACGUGUGUGUCACUAGUCUUCGUCGCCACUUUAACACACACUCGUGGGAAAAGAAGUACCCCUGCCGCUUCUGUGACAAGGUCUUUGCUAUGGCUGAAUACAGAACUAAACAUGAGGUCCACCACACAGGAGAGAGGAGGUACCAGUGCUUGCUGUGCAAUGAAAUGUUUCAGAACUACCAGAUAAUCUCCAGUCACUGCAAGCAAGUCCACAACCAGGAUCCCAGCGGGAGGAAGGACAAAGAUGACGCUAACAACAGCUUAUACCGUCUGCUGCCAUUUAAAAUGGGGCAGGUGAAGAACUCAUGGGUUACCGAUGAGGUUCCCGUCAUAUCUGAGGUUGGCAGCAUGCAUCAUGUAAACGCGUCUGGAGACGAUGUCCACUCUUUUAACCAAAGAGGGAUGCUGAACUGGGACGAGAUCUUCACCGAGCCCGAGGCUCCCAUGGUGCCAGAUGCCAGCCCCCAGCCAGGGUCCACGGUGAGCUCGCCUCCUCAGGGAGCCUCAGAGUUUGAGUAUAUCACACCAGAGACCUACUGAGGGAUAAUCACCGCUCCUCAUUACACGUGCCUUUUGGCUUUCAGUUUCCUUAUGAAUCCUCAGUUUCAUCCCAGCGAUCCAAAUCCACUUCAAUCUAUAAAAACCCAAUGCUUCUUCCAAGAGUACAAUCUUUUAAAGUAGAGGAUUUUGUUUUUAAUCAAGUUUUUAUUCAAACUUUAUUAUUAUGAAGUUGCAGUUUGUGAAUCUGGAACUAAAAAGUUCUACUCUUAUUGUAAAAUAAUGACUUUCUAGCAGUGCACUUAAAAAUGCAAACACACAUGUUGCGUCGGCAUCUAAAGGGUUAAUGCAUGGUUGGGUUUGCUUUUGAUUAGUGAAAAUAGUAUUAAACUUUUGUAGCAAUAGAGACUUAGUCAUUAUGCAUUCAAGACUCUAGUCGGGUUUAUGUGUUGGUAGCAAAACUACACAGACUUCACUGGAGCCAGUUGCCCAGCGCAGCAUGAUAUAAUCUGAAAUCAGGAUGUAAUCAUGUUUAAAAUGGUUGUUUAUUUAUUGUUUGUGAGUUCAUUCCCAACUCUAUGUAGAAUAAAUUGAACACAGAUAACAUGAACAGGUGAAGUUUCUUUAAGAUGUUCGUCUCACCGAGCUAACACUUAUGACCUUUUUGGGUCCUUUGUGCUCACAUUCAGGAAUAGCUCAGAUUAUGUGAUAAAGAAUCACAGCAGCACCAUGAAAUGUGACUUUUGAACCAGAUGAUGGUUUAGCUCAUGUACAGUGGGGCAAAAAAGUAUUUAGUCAGCCACCGAUUGUGCAAGUUCUCCCACUUAAAAUGGUGACAGAGGUCAGUAAUUUACAUCAUAGGUACACUUCAACUGUGAGAGACACAAUGUGAAAAAAAAUCCAUGAAUUCACAUGGCAGGAUUUUUAAAGAAUCUAUUUGUAAAUCAGGGUGGAAAAUAAGUAUUUGGUCACUUCAAACAAGGAAAAUCUCUGGCUCUCACAGACCUGUAACGUCUUCUCUAAGAAGCUUUUCUGUCCUCCACUCAUUACCUUUAUUAAUGGCACCUGCUUGAACUCAUUAUCUGUAUAAAAGACACCUGUCCACAGCCUCAAACAGUCAGACUCCAAACUCCACUAUGGCCAAGACCAAAGAGCUUUUGAAGGACACCAGGAAAAGAAUUGUAGACCUGCACCAGACUGGGAAGAGUGAAUCUACAAUAGGCAAGCAGCUUGGUGUGAAAAAAUCAACUGUGGGAGCAAUUAUCAGAAAAUGGAAGACAUACAAGACCACUGAUAAUCUCCCUCGAUCUGGGGCUCCACGCAAGAUCUCAUCCCGUGGGGUCAAAAUGAUCAUGAGAACGGUGAGCAAGAAUCCCAGAACCACACGGGGGGACCUGGUGAAUGACCUGCAGAGAGCUGGGACCACAGUAACAAAGGUCACCAUCAGUAACACACUACAAUGGCAGGGAAUCAAAUCCUGCAGUGCCAGACGUGUUCCGCUGCUGAAGCCAGUGCAUGUCCAGGCCCGUCUGAAGUUUGCCAGAGAGCACAUAGAUGAUACAGCAGAGGAUUGGGAGAAUGUCAUGUAGUCAGAUGAAACCAAAGUAGAACUUUUUGGUAUAAACUCAACUCGUCGUGUUUGGAGGAAGAAGAAUACUGAGUUGCAUCCCAAGAACACCAUACCUACUGUGAAGCAUGGGGGUGGGAACAUCAUGCUUUGGGGCUGUUUUUCUGCUAAGGGGACAGGACGACUGAUCCGUGUUAAGGACAGAAUGAAUGGGGCCAUGUAUCGUGAGAUUCUGAGCCAAAACCUCCUUCCAUCAGUGAGAGCUUUGAAGAUGAAACGUGGCUGGGUCUUCCAACACGACAAUGAUCCCAAACACACCGCCCGGGCAACAAAGGAGUGGCUCCGUAAGAAGCAUUUGAAAGUCUUGGAGUGGCCUAGCCAGUCUCCUGACCUCAACCCCAUAGAAAAUCUGUGGAGGGAGUUGAAAGUCCGUGUUGCUCGGCGACAGCCCCAAAACAUCACUGCUCUCGAGAGGAUCUGCAUGGAGGAAUGGGCCAAAAUACCAGCUACUGUGUGUGCAAACCUGGUAAAGACCUAUAGUAAUCGUUUGACCUCUGUUAUUGCCAACAAAGGUUAUGUUACAAAGUAUUGAGUUGAAUUUUUGUUAUUGACCAAAUACUUAUUUUCCACCCUGAUUUACAAAUAAAUUAUUUAAAAAUCCUGCCAUGUGAAUUCAUGGAUUUUUUUCACAUUCUGUCUCUCACAGUUGAAGUGUACUUAUGAUGUAAAUUACUGACCCCUGUCAUCAUUUUAAGUGGGAGAAGUUGCACAAUCGGUGGCUGACUAAAUACUUUUUUGCCCCACUGUAACUUCAGAAGGUUUUUGAGCAGGAAGAAGCAAACAGACCAGUUAGUAAAUGGAAACAAGGUUACCCGUUUUUGUAAAAUAUUUUUUUUUUCCUUUGUGUUGAUUAAAUACAAACCAACUAGAUGUAAGCUGAACAUGUAGUGUAUAAAUGUGAAUAUUAUUAACUCAGGAUAAUUAGUCCAUAAACAUAGUGUUUAGGUUGGAAACGGGCUGAGGAUGGUUUUGGUUACGGGAUUAUUUUUUACACCAUGUUGGAAUCUAGAGAUUGAAUAGUGUAAACCAAUAUAACACUUUCACUGAGUUUGUGUCAAAUUACCAAAUUAAAUUUUGUUUUUUUUUUCAAUAAAUUGAUAAACCAA